AUGAAUAAUACAAACAAAGUAAAUGGAGAAUAUGAAAUCAAAGAAGGGAAUAAUUCCAAUAGUACUAAAACACUAUGGGUAGGGGACUUGGACAAGAUAAAAGAUGAAAAGGUUGAUGAAAAUUAUAUUUUGUAUUGUAUGUUUUAUGAAUUUUCUGAAGAUAUAAUAAAAAUAAAAUUAUGUAAAGAAAAAAAUUCUCAAAAAAAUUCAUAUGCUUUUAUAGAAUUUACGAGUUAUGAUAUUGCAAAAUAUUGUUUUGAGCAAUUAAAUGGGAAAUGGAUACCUGGGAAAAUUAAUAAAUUUAAGUUGAAUUGGGCAAAAUAUAAUCUUGCUGAUAAUGUAAAUUCGAAUGAUAAAAAUUUAAAUAUAGAAUUAGAUGACAAAGGAACAUAUUCUAUAUAUGUUGGUAGUUUACCAAAAAGUACAACAAAAGAAGAAAUUGAAAGUUUAUUUUCUAGUUUUUAUAGUAGCAUUUGCUUUGUUAAAAUAAUUAAGAAUACGCAAAAAAAUCAAAAUAAGGUUUAUUGCUUUAUUCAUUUUUUUAAUUAUGACGAAUGUGUCAGAGCAUUAACCGAAAUGGAUGGUUAUAUUUUUAAAGGAUAUAAAAUUAAAGUUAGUAAAUCGAAUGGAAUUAAAAUAGCUAAUUCCGAUAUGAAUAAUUAUUAUAACAAUAAUAAAAAUUUUGAAAAGAAUACAAACAAUAUAAAACUAUUGAAUGCAAAUAAUUACAAUCCUAAUAAUUUUAAUCAAAAUAAUUAUUUCAUAAACCCUUAUAACCAAGCCAGCUAUAGUCCAAAUAAUUACAACGCAAUUAAUUAUAAUUCAAUGAAUUAUAAUUCUAUUAACUAUAAUCAAAACAGGUAUCCUAUAGGAAACAAUACACAAAAUGGUUAUAAUUCAAACAACCCUAAUAUGCUGAUUAACCAAGGGGGAGAGCAAGCAAACGAGUGCAAUGGCAAUGCAAAUCCUAUUAACGGGAAUAAUAAUAACAACAAUACCAACAUGAAUGAAAAUGCACCCCAAAACAAAAACAUGUUCCUUUACUAUAACAAUGGGAAUAGUGAAUUAAAUAAUCCAUAUGAUAUAAAUUAUUAUAAUCAGAUGAAUUCUAAUGUUAAUUCUUAUGCUACUUAUGGAAAUACAGCAAAUAGUAAUACCAAUAAUAAUAGUAUCCCGUAUAAUACAAAUAAUUAUUCAGGUGCAUUAAAUCAGUUGAAUUAUUAUAGUAAUCAGAUGACACAAAUGAAUAACUACAAUGGAGAUGCAUUAAAUAAUAAUAAAGCCUAUAAUGAUGAUGGAGUAGUAAUGAAUAACAAUAAUAGCACCAAUAAUAAUACUAACAAUAAUAAUGAUGAUAAUAAUAAUAUGCAUAACUAUGCAGAAGAUCAUACAUACUUAAAUAAUUAUAUGUGUGAUAACAACAAUUUAGAUAAUUUUAAUGUGGAUCUUAAAAAUGAAAAUAAUGAUGAACAAAAUAGUUUGUCUAAUCAGAAAUAA